GAUCUUAUUACACAACAGUCACAAUGGAGAAUCAGCAGGUUGAUGGUGAUGUCUCAGUUGAUAAAGGAAAAAGGGUAUUAUCAGAGUCUGAUGCAUCAGACAGUGAAUACGAACCUGAUUGUGAAUCUAGUGAAUGUAGUGAGUAUGAUACGUUGGUUGACAGUGAUUAUGAAAGUGAGAAUGAUAACAUGUCGUAUGAUAGUUAUGUUGAUAAUGAAGCUGAAUGGACUGGUUUAAAUAGUAAUAGGCAGAAAGAAUCAGCAACAGACAAAAGGCAACAGUUAGAACUCAAUGAUACAGAUGAAGGAAACCAAAGUGAAGUGAGCCAAUCUGCUGUGAGCCAAGAUGAAGGGAGCCAAGCUGCUAUUAUCCAAGCUGGAAUGAGUCAACCUGCUGUGAGCCAAUCUGAUGUGAGCCAAGGUGGAGGGAGCCAAGCUGUUUUUAUCCAAGCUAGAGUGAGUCAACCUGCUAUGAGCCAAUCUGAUGUGAGCCAAGGUGGAGGGAGUCAAGCUGCUGUUAUCCAAGCUGGAGUGAGCCAAUCUGCUGUGAGCCAAUCUACUGUGAGCCAAGGUGGAGGGAGCCAAGCUGCUAUGAAAGGAAGGUCUUGCUUUGAAUAG